CGACUUGAGAAUCUAAGGAAUAUUUUACUUAAAUUUUUACAUAAAAGCUAUCUAUUAAAGUAAAUUUGCCACUGCAUAUUUUAUAAAAUGUACUCCUAAAUUUGUAUUAAUUAAUGAACUCAUACGUUCGAAUAAUAUAUAAUAGUUCUAAUUUUGUUACCGCGGGAAAACGACGAUAGGUUUGACUACUAUAAUGGCCGCAAUAGCGCCAAUGCUUUUAGUGUUUGUUCAUAAAAUAUGAAUUCCGAAAACAAAUUAUGGUGGUUAUAUCCUGCCUUUUAUAUUAAAAAGCAGGUUUAAAAUGGAUAUUAACGCUGAGGUCUCAAGACAGUUGUCUCUGAUCGAUGCCCUCCUAAGCGAUUUUGACAAGACAAUUACACCAUGCGCUAACAAAAAGAAUGAGAAAAAAGAAGAAGAAACACAGGAUGCCAUGCCAGACUCUACGACCAACACGGAAAAGAAUAAUGGAAACCCUUUCCACUGUGGUGAUGAUGUACUGGUGCCUAACAAAGAUGGGAAAUACUAUUUAGGGACUAUAGUAGAGUUGAGUACCAGCAAUGACAACGACUCGUGCGAAGUGGGAACUGGCGUGGCCCGCUGCCUGGUCAAGUUCGGGGAUGGCACGCACGCGUGGGCGGCCGUGGCGUCGCUCAAACUGCUCAGUGCUCCGCCCGCGGACGACGGGCGUAUCAUGUGCGUGGUGUGCAAAAGGCGCGAGGGCCCGGCCGCCAGCCCCGUCGCCAAUGCUAUCAUCGCGUGCGACAUGUGCGGCCGCGGCUACCACGCCAAGUGCCACACGCCGCCAGUCGAGGCCUGGAUAAGUGGAGCGUCAUGGCACUGCAAGCGAUGUGUGGACCAAAGGUACCGCGUGGCUGCGGCAGAGAACCGUGCACUGAAAAGGUCCGACUUAUUUCGGUUCAAGGGUGGCCAACAACGGCGACAGCAGCAAGAACUCACACCACCGUGCGAUACUGCAUCUACAACGUCGUCCACCGCAUCGGAAGCUGGCAAAGACCAACACGAGGCCCACUGUUACUGCGGCGAGAAGAGUGAUUGGCUCGCACAAAUGUUAUUAUGCUGUCGAUGCUCCCGCUGGUUUCACCAAAGAUGCGUUUCGAGUUUGCAGUAUCCGCUCUACGCGGGGGAUAAAUUGUACAUAUUUGCGUGCGCGAACUGCAACGGUGGCGCGGAAUAUCUGCGGCGGCUGGAGUUGUGUUGGUUGGAGCUGGCGCACUUGGCGCUGUUCAACCUCACGGCGUACAACGCGCCCAACUACUUCGACCUGGACACCGUCAUCAUGCCCUACAUAAUGGACAACUGGCACGCCCUGCAGCUCCCGGAGAAGAUGUGGCGAACACCCGUGAACGAGCGUCGGGAAAAGAUCCUAACUGCACUCACGUCGUCUCGAAAACGAUUCAAAUGUGGCCGCGAGAUGAAGAAACGCGCAACCAUCUGGGGUCUACGAUUACGCAGGCCUCCGCCCCCUCCUCUACAGCUUUCUUCCCUAGAGCAGGUAAAAGAAGGAGAGCCGUUGACAGACAAGCUUGUAAGAGAAUAUGCCCCGCGGUUACGGUUUCUGACCAGAGCACCAUCUCCACAUUCUGAAGUUUCACCUGAUGAUAGUUCACAACCUUCCAGUAGCAACAACGAUAAAAGUUCCUAUAAAAGUCACCACCAACGGAUGAUAGUUCCAGUAGAUGGCCACUGGUUGAAUCUUAUGAUGGGUAAACGGUUCCACGAAAACCUGAACUCGAACUCCAAUUCCGAAAAUGAUUCCGCAAGUUCCUACGAAUCAGUCAAAACAACUGAGCGCGACGAGCAACCAUCUCCAUCCGUCUGUACGUCCACCGCGAGGAAAUCCGAUGCCAAAGAUGAUACUUUAGGAAAAGUGACAGAAGUUAGUGAAAACGAUUGCAACGAAGCUAAAUCGACCCGCGAAAACUCUCCCGUACCACCGCUCGGUACAUCCCUCCUACCUUGCUCGGUGAAAUUAGACAAGAUACCCAAAGACACUGAAGACAUCAACUCCAGCAACAACGACACUUGUAACAUAAACAUCAAUACCCAUUCGUCAAGGAUAGCCACAAUGAACCUCGAAGUGUCCAAGUUAUCUACCAAAAACAUAAUUGAACACUCUAAAAUAAUGUCACUCCAGCACAUGGACAGUCUACCACCGUAUAGUAAUAAUUUCACACCCGAACUGGAAUCCUCGGGGGACGAAACGUCGAGUAGAGGCACGCUAGACGCUAUAAUACCACCGCUUAAAGAUUUUCAGGGCAAAAACAACCCUUUUCUAAUGAAGAAUUCAUACCCAAAAAUCCCGUUUUCGACCAAUACGAACUUGUACAAUAAGCAGAAUGGACGAAGUCACUAUCAUUCUCGAUUUUCGUUGCCCAACCAAUUAAAUCCGCUGGUGGGGCCCAUGAUAAGACCUUUAAAAAGAAAAUUAAGCGAAAAGGAUAUCGUGAUUGGUCCGAAUGGUGAAGUCAAGAGACGGAAGUAUAGACGGCCGCGGAAACAUCUACAGUUGCAGCUCAACAAGUCUUGUCCACUGCCUGAUGAUGCUUCAAAGUCAGCCCAGACGCCUCCAGAAAAUGGCGACGUUACACCGCCAGCUACACAUAAUAUAAACGUCAAAUUCCACGGCAGGCGAUUAAGGCAGAGACCAGAGAAAAACUACUAUGAGAACGCGCGAAAAAAUACAAACAACAGCGCCAAUAGUAACAACAGCGUGAAGAGUUUACAGUUGAGUCCUCAUAAGGCAAGCAGUGGCACCACCGAAGUCGAUGCUCGGCAAUUGUCGGCGUUGAAAUCCAGUGUACAGUCGUACUUUAGAGCGGGACAAACGUUCCGCGUCCUCGCGCGAAGAGUCGCGCCUGGUCUCACCCCAGCCUACCUCAUAGAGUGGGACUCCGCCUCGUAGUGCGAGGCGAACAUGAAUUUAUUUAAAUAUACAUAUUAAUGUAAUUUUAAUAUAUAAGUGCUUGUCUGUAGCCUAAUUUAGUUGUACAGUAAGAUCAAGGAAUGUGAUAUAUUAUUAUUCCAAUCUGA